AUGAAUUUCAAAGUUAGUCAAAUGGAAAAACUCUCAUGGAAAAUCAAAUGUGUUGUCAAUAAAUAUACAAACUACCGUUUAACAACAUCGGAAACACAAACUGUCGAUACAGAAUAUGGACAAAUAAAAGGUGUUAAACGUAUGACUGUCUACGAUGAUUCGUAUUACAGUUUUGAAAGUAUUCCGUAUGCCAAACCUCCCGUGGGUGAGUUGAGAUUCAAAGCACCCCAAAGACCAGUACCCUGGGAAGGUGUACGCGAUUGCUGUGGUGGACCUAACAGAUCGGUGCAAACAGAUUUUAUCAGUGGUAAACCAACUGGUUCGGAGGAUUGUUUGUAUCUAAAUGUCUAUUGCAAUGAUUUGAAGCCGGACAAAAAACGCCCCGUUUUGGUUUUCAUUCACGGUGGUGGAUUUAUUUUUGGAGAAGCAAAUCGUAAUUGGUAUGGCCCAGACUAUUUCAUGAAGAAGCCUGUGGUUUUGGUAACAGUACAAUAUCGUUUGGGUGUAUUGGGUUUCCUUAGCUUAAAAUCGGAAAAUCUCAACGUACCCGGUAAUGCAGGCCUAAAGGAUCAAGUAAUGGCCUUAAGGUGGGUGAAAAGUAAUAUUUCCAAUUUCGGUGGUGAUCCCGAUAACAUCACCGUCUUUGGUGAAAGUGCUGGUGGUGCUUCCACCCAUUACAUGAUGAUAACUGAACAGACUCGUGGUCUGUUCCAUCGUGGUAUUAUGAUGUCUGGUUAUAGCAUAUGUUCAUGGGCAUCUACUGAUUGCCAACUCCGUGCUUUAACCAUUGCCAAACGUCUGGGAUACAAAGGAGAAGAUAACGAUAAAGAUGUCUUGGAAUUCCUUAUGAAAGCCAAUCCCUAUGAUUUGACUAGGGAAGAGGCUCACGUCUUAACACCCGAAGAAAUGCAAAACCAGGUCAUGUUUCCAUUUGGACCAACCGUGGAACCAUACCAGACAGCUGAUUGUGUUGUACCCAAACCGGUUCGGGAAAUGAUCAAGACCGCUUGGGGAAAUUCCAUACCCACAAUGAUUGGUAACACUUCGUAUGAGGGUUUACUUUUCCGAGCUAUUGGUAAACAACAUCCAGAAUUAAUUAAGGACUUGGAAACAUGUGUGAAUUAUGUGCCUUGCGAAUUGGCUGAUGGUGAGCGCAGUGCCCCUGAGACUCUGGAAAGGGCGGCCAUACUGAAAAAAGCACAUGUUGAUGGUGAAUCGCCCACACUGGAUAAUUAUAUGGAGAUGUGCUCCUACGCCUACUUCCUAUUCCCCAUGCAUCGCUUUUUGCAAUUACGUUUUAAUCACACUGCCGGUUCACCCAUCUAUUUGUAUCGUUUUGAUUUCGAUUCCGAAGAUUUGAUUAACCCUUACCGCAUUAUGCGUUUCGGCCGUGGCAUCAAGGGUGUCAGCCAUGCCGAUGAAUUAACCUAUCUAUUUUGGAACAUAUUGGCUAAGCGUAUGCCAAAGGAGAGUCGCGAAUACAAAACCAUUGAACGCAUGGUGGGUAUUUGGACGGAAUUCGCCACCACUGGCAAACCACACAGUAAUGACAUACCUGGCAUGGAAAAUCUCACAUGGGAUCCCAUUAAAAAAUCCGAUGAUGUCUAUAAAUGUUUAAACAUUAGUGAUGAAUUGAAAUAUAUCGAUUUGCCGGAAAUGAAUAAAAUUAAGCAAUGGGAAAGACUAUUCGAUAAAAAGAAAGACUUGUUUUAA